UGUCAUUUCCGUUUCCCAGUUCCAGCUCCUCCAACGGAAAGGGUAAGAUAUUCUGAAAGCAAACUGAUUUUUAGAGGGUUACAAGUCAGACGUAGAGGUUUCUGACGAUAGCUAAAGUGAAAUGUGAAUGAGUCGGUCAAGUUGCUGUCGAUUAAGAAGCUGAACGCCACAGCGUUGAGCUUACGGGGCUAUUUGUAGCUCGUAUCAGAUAGCUUCACCUCUCUCGACUUGUAUAAACGUGGCCCAAAGAGAGCCCAUAUCUGAAGCUGAGACAUGGUGAGACCCCGCUCUGGAUCCCCGAGGGUGAAACACAGGUCCUACACGAGUGACUACGGUUCUCAAAAUGGCGGAGAACAUCCUCGGGCGUUCCACAGUGGCAGAGGGGGUGGUGGUCCUGGCAAGGCCCCUCCCGGCUGGAGAGAGGCCCACAACAACAGGGGCCGCAAGGCUCCCUACCCCGACAGACCCCGGUCAGUGCCAUGGCAACAGAAGAGCCCCCAGGCCCGAGACCAUGGACCACCGUCUCCCUGGCAGUCCAAGAGUCAGGAGAACUACCUGGGCUAUGCCUCCUCCUCCCAGCCCUCAGAUGCCCACCGUCGCUAUGGAGACCCAGCCCCCCCCAGACCAGGCCUAGCCCAGUGCAGACCGUCACCUCAUGACCCUAGCCUAGCCCAGCGCAGACCUUCACCCCAUGACCCUAGCCUAGCCCAGCGCAGACCGUCACCCCAUGACCCUAGCCUGGCCCGAUCACACCACAGUAGGCAGUAUGACGGAGGACCUCGUGGAUUUCAGUCCCGUCCCCAGAAUCCCGACCACCGGAGCCACAACAAGCAGGUUUAUCCCCAGCCCCCCCCCCACCACAGGAGUCCCUUCCGCACCCCCAGACAGGAGGAGCAGCGUCCCUGGGGCAGCAGGUCCCAGUCUCCCAGUUGUCCCUCCCGGCGGCCUCUGCCCAAACACCAGCACAUCAUGACCCAGGCUGGGGACCGAGGCCGUGGCCGGGGUGGCCGGGGUCGAGGGGGCGGUGGCGGAGUUUCUGGAAAUGGUUGUGGAAGGCAGGCUUUCUGGGGGGGGGAUAGAGGGCCAGCAGACAGGGGUAACCCCCCCUAUCCCAGCCCGCGAGGUCAGCACCACCACCCUCAGCCCCGGAAUGGCGAGGGUCGUUGUCCCCCCUCCAACUCCCCCUUGAGAAAAGAGCGGGAGUUUCACAGCCGAGAGAGGUACCAAGAGAGUCCUCAAGUUGUGUUGCAAGCUGGGUGGUCUUCAUCCACUGAGAGGGACCAUGGCAACGAGAGGAGGAGGAGCAGCAGAGAGAGGAUGGAGCGGAUGGGCGGGCCGAGUCGCCAUGGUAACGAACCAGAGCAGCACUGGCCACCGCCCAGCCCUUCUCAGCAGUACAGGCCCCCCCCCCACACCCUCCCUCCUCCUCGUGGAAAGCUGGCCCCCCUCCUCCUGGACCCCACUCGUCGUCAGAGGCAUCGCCGCCAGCACGGAGAUUCCAGAGAUUCCACCACACUGAAAGGCACCGACCGAGGAGGCAGUUCUGGCUACAAGUGGAAGUUUCCAGAAAUGCUGGAACAGCCACGCCCGCACCCCCCGCCUCUUUUCAAGCAUUUUCAGAGGGAGGCAUCACUGGCCCCUCCUCCCAGAGGCUUCGGGGGGCGUGGUUUGUCUUUACGUGACAAGAGCCGUCUGCUGAAAAACCGGAAAUUCCGCGAGGACUCUGUGGCCAGAUUCAAGACGACGCUGCCCCCUCCCCCUGCUGCCCCCCAGCAGCAGCCCCGUAUGGCCCACAGGCCGCCGGCCCACCCUGACCGGUCGCUCAACCCCCGCCACCACCAGGCAGCAGCAGGGCAUCAUGUUGCCGCCGCCGCCUCAGCCAGGAAGUUGCCCAAAAGGUCAAGCUCUUCAAGGAAAGCCGGCUUGGACGACAGCCCUGAACCUGUGAACCCUGCUGUGUCUGAAGGCGAUCAAGAUCAAGAGCACAAGUCGCCCCAAUACCGGCGGCGACCCUCCAGCAGCCGGCACAGAACCGGGGAGUCCCUUUGCGUUAAAUUACCUGUUAAGAGUUCUGUAUCCGAAGAGCCUGCGAAGAAUGAGGAGUUACACACACCUUGGAAGCCCCACCCUUAUCAUUUCUUGCGUGGAUAUUUUCAAACGUUGUGCAAACUGUUGAACGUGCCAACUUCUCCAUCUAAAUUAAGUAAUUCCGUUCCCCUUUGUUCUGCAAAUGUUGCCUUUCUGUUAUCUAUGAAAUCAGGUGGUGUUGAAGGUUUGUCUCACUGCUGGCUAUUUUGUGACCUACAUUUUUCUCCUGGACUCUCAUAUUUUCCCAUCAGCCCAAUCCCACUGGAUCAUCAGCACCUGUCACGUGAUCUGGUGGUGGUAUCGCAGUGGGAGGCUGGAUCGCCUGAGAAUGAUGAUGGGGAUUGUGAUGACGACCACGGCAUGGAGGACCAGGAAGAUGUUGUUAAAGAGACGUCGGUUUUCCAUAGCAACCGCAUUACUGGUCCACAGGAGCCGCAGGAACCUAAGGCAACCGCUUCAUCGCCGCAAGAACAGAACAACCAGAACAAGAGGCUUGUCAGACGACCGCUCAUGAGCCUGAAGACCGUUAGACCUCUGAAGAAGUUUGGACAGAUGGCUGUUGUGGCCACAAAGCGCAGCCAGAGCAUCGUCUCCAAGUACCGCCUCAUGCGUCAAAAAGCUCCGCCCACGCCCGCUCGUAUCAGCCAACCCCAGCAGAGCACGAGCCACCGACGCUGGUGAUCUCUCUAAAGGUAGCCCGAUGCGCCUCAGAAGAGAUUCUUCCUGCUUGGAUACGCACUUUCAGCGCUGGGGAGAUUUGAAAACUACCCAUUUAAUAAUCUUUUUUUUUUUUAAACUCUAAAUUAAUAAAACCUCUACGCAUUUCUCAUUUCUCUAUGGUAGUUUAUGUUGAUUGUAUAUUCACGCACACGCACACAAAUGCCCCUUAAUUCUGAACUUUGGUUGUGGAAACAGUGGCAAAUUUCAGACGCAAUAUUGAACGUGUUCAGUGUCAGCUUCGAUUGCGUUUUUUCUUAUUUGUGAAAUGGACACGGAGAAAAGACACACACACACUUAUUGGAGAAAGGUUGUUGGCUGCUAAUAGCGUUCUCUUUGGUAUCGGUAGGGGGCUGGUUUUAUUUAUUUGGUGUUUAAAGAGCAUAACCGUGUUUUUUGUUAUAUUUCUAGCUUAGGGAAAUCAUUUUAACCCCAAGACUUAUUUUUUGGAAACAAAUUUGAGGAUUGUGGUGAUUUCAGUUAAUUUACGUUUUAAAGUUUUGCAUACAAAGUUUGUUGAAUUGGUUAGUUCUUUAAAAUGCCACUUUAUCCCCCUUUUGUAAUGUUGGGACAUAAACAUGGUCAUAUAUACAGGGGUAUAACAACAACAACAAAACAAUGCGUUUUAUAAUUUAUCUGGAAUCAUUUUUGUGCUUUUCUGCUCUAAAGGCAUCAUGUUUUAACUGCUGCUGGAAAUGAUUUAUCAUCACUGUUCUGUUGUAUCCCUGUUUAUUGUUUACUGUUUAUUGUUCUCUUCAUUGUCUUCCUUUUUGUCAAAAAUAAAACCAUGUAAAAAUGAUGUUGAAGUGAGAAGCAUCAGAGGUUUUGUCUUUAUAUACAAACUAAAUAUAUUUACACAUGUAUUAGUAUGUUUUCAGGAUUAUUCAUGGAAGUUGUCCUGUACUAUUGUAUAAAAAGCCUGGAGAAGAAGAGAUGUCACCUAAAACAGAUUUUGCAAUAAAUCAUUUUGUUUUA